AUGCCAGAGUCUGAUAGUCACUCUUUCUCGAUCAUUUCCGAGCCAGGUAUUGAAUUAAUAUACACCCCAACGGACCAGGACACGGAUGAAUUUGAGCUUGUGUUUCACGAUGCUCGUUCUGAAUGCUUGCAACAGGACAAUGAGUCAAGCUGUUGCACUUCAUUAGCAGCCAGCAUAUUCGACUAUGAGCACUCUCACGGCCGACGUUAUCACGCCUAUUUGGCUGGCAGAUAUCCGCUACCCAAUGACGAAGGCGAGCAGUGUCGCGAGCUAGCUGAACAUUUCCUGAUGCAGCAGCUUCUGGGUGGUAAAUUCUUUCUGUCUGAAGUUGACAACGAAGCGGAGAAGAUAAUCGAUCUCGGGACAGGAAAUGGGGCAUGGGUGAUAGACGUGGCCGAUGAGUAUGACAAGACCAGUGUGAUAGGAACCGAUCUAUCACCCAUUCAGCCUAAAUCAAUGCCUCCGAAUGCAUCCAUGUUUGUUGAAGACUGCGAGGACCCCUGCUGGGCCAGUGGUAAGGACUUUGAUAUGGUACAUCUAAGGGGAAUGGUCGGAUUUCUUCUCGACUUGGACACAAUGGUUGCUAAUGCCCACGAACAUCUGAAGGAGGGCGGAUGGAUCGAGUUUCAAGAUUACGACUACACAGUUCGCUGCGAUGAUGGUACCAUGCAAACAGAUGAUCCAUUGCGAGUUUUCUUCGACACAUGCGCUCAGGGGAUACGAAAAUACGGCUGUACCAACUUUGGUAAGAAAGACGUUCGGAAAAGUCUCAUAGCCGCUGGCUUCACUCAAGUUCAGGCGGUCAGUGAGAAAGUGCCCAUCUCAUGCUGGUCACAGGACGAAGGAAUGAGAGACUUGGGGAAGUUGAUGGAAGCCAACAUCAUGGAUCUGAUUGGUUCGAUGGCUAUCAAGCCGUUGAAAGCCCUAGGGAUAUCAGAAGAGAAGCGAAAAGAGAUGGUGUCUCAGGCUUAUAAGAGCCUGAUGAAUGAGAAAGCUCACCGAUACAUGAACUGUCGUAUCGUUUAUGGCCAGAAGUAUAGGGAACAAGGCUCCGUGGCGAGUCUUGGUUCUGAUUCGUGA